GGGGAGCGCGCGAGCACCUCUCAGCCGGUGGAGCUGGAGGAGCAGAGCGCGAGGAGGACUCUGACGGACCCGGUGCGCUCCGUGUCCCCCGGUCCUCGGUACCCGACACCCGGAACCCAGUACCCCCCCCCCUCCUCUCACCCCCUUCUCUUCUGCACCGGGACGUGGAUUAACACGGACCUCAUCGCGCGGUGGGGUUUUUUUCGUUUUUUUUCCUUUCAGUUUGUGCGCGUGGUGGAUUUUUAAGCCUCCCCCCCCCCCGCCCCCCCCGCACACUUUCUCUGUGCGCGACCAUGGCACGUGCGUGGUGGAUGUUGGUGUGCGCGCUGGCCGGGACCCUCUCCGGACGCGCCCCGGCGCACGGAGCUUGUGUCUUCGAGGGACGGCUGCAUGCGAACAACACUUCGUGGCGACCGGAGUCGUGUCAGGAGUGUACCUGCCACGGCGACGUGGCCAUCUGCCGGCCCGGCAUCUGCCGCAACCCGCUGUGUGACUUCCAGAGGGGCGAGCGUCUGAGGAUCCCUGCCAACAAGUGCUGUCCGGAGUGCGUCUCCUCGUCCGAGGCUUCCUGCCAGUACGAAGGACUUGUUUAUGGACACGACAGCCAAUGGAGUCCCUCUCCCUGCUUGCGCUGCGUCUGCUCCGGGGGGGUCGUCUCCUGCAGCGCUCGGCCCUGCCCCCCCCUCAGCUGUCCCGGGGACCAGAGCCUGUUUGUCCCGGCUGGAGAGUGCUGCCCCAAGUGUGGCCGCGAUGGAGCGUCCUGCUCCUGGCAGGGGGCGCCUUACAGAGACGGCGAGGAAUGGGCACCGAGCCUCUGCUCCAGGUGUGCGUGUGGCGGGGGGGAGGUCCGGUGCUCCGUGGCAGAGUGCCGGCCGGUGGCCUGCAAACCGCAUGAGAACUUGGUGAUCCAACCGGGCCGCUGCUGUCCGGAGUGUGUGUCCAACCCCUGUCUGUCUGCUGGUACACAGCACCAGCACGGCGAGCAGUGGCAGAAGAACGCCUGCACCACCUGUGUGUGUGACAGGGGUCAGUCCAAAUGCCACACACACACCUGUGAGCCCGUCACCUGCGACAAGGGUCAGACCAAAGUGAGACGGGCCGGUCAGUGCUGCGACGGAUGCGCCGCUGUCGAGGGGAGCUGCCCGUACGAGGGCGUGGUGCGUUACCACGGAGACAUGUGGAACGCCACGGGCUGCGAGUUCUGCGCCUGCGUCCGGGGUCAGGUGGUCUGCCAGAGGGCCGAGUGCGGCCGCGUGGAAUGCCCACAGGGAUCGGAGCUGGUCGACCUGCCGGGGAGGUGCUGCCCCCACUGUUCCUCCCAGAAGCCUUCCUGUUUGCACAAGGGGGGGUCCUACAAGGACCUGGCUCGCUGGAUGGACGGCGGAUGCCGGGAGUGCGAAUGCCGCGGCGGCCGGGAGACUUGCUACCUGCGCUCCUGCCCCACCUGCCCCCCCGGCACCCUGCUGGUCAGCCGGGAGGGCGAGUGCUGCCCCGAGUGCCACCCAGUCCGGUGCCACGCAGACUGCUCGUCCUGCUCGGGGUCUCCUGACCACUGCGACAGCUGCAGGGACCCGAAGGCCGUCCUCCACCUCGGCCGCUGCCUGUCCGUCUGUCCGGCCGGUUACUACGGCGACGGACAAGCCUGCGCAGCCUGCAAGCCGUCCUGCGCCUCCUGCUCCACCGGGUGGGACUGCCGGUCCUGCGCCCCCCCGCUGCCCCUGCUGGGGGCCGAUGGCGUCGAGUGCCUGGCCUCCUGUCCUCCCGGGUCCUAUCGCCACGACGACCAGCACUGUCGCAGCUGUCACUUGUCGUGCUCAGAAUGCCGCGGGCCGACCCGCCAGGAGUGUGCCUCGUGUUCGGACCCGGCUGCCUUGCUCAAAGACGGGGAAUGCGUUGCCGACUGCGGCUCCGGCUUCUACAGCCGUGGAGGCGUGUGCCACGCCUGCGACUCGUCCUGUGCCUCCUGUUUCCCUGACAACCCCGCAUGCAUGAGCUGUCUGCCGGGCACCGCCUUGCAUCAUGGGAAGUGUAUUUCCCAGUGUCCGGCCCGGCAUUACCAGGACGGCCACAGCCGGUGCAGAGCCUGCCACAACUCCUGCGCCUCCUGUUGGGGGUCCUCGGCAUCGCAGUGCGAGGCGUGUCCCAGCGGGCUCCUUCUCCACCAGGGCCAGUGCGUGGAGGCCUGCGGGGAGGGGCUCUACUCCCAGGACGGCACCUGCCACAACUGUCAUCCCUCGUGCCGCUCCUGCGUGGGACCACUGGCCUCGGACUGCGUCCGCUGCGUGAAACCGGAGGAGGCCCUGCUGCCGCAGUCCGCCCCCCCGCCGCCGCAGUCCGCCCCCCUGCCGCCGCAGUCCGCCCCCCCGCCGCCGCACGGCGUCUGCGCCUCCGGGUGUCCCGCGCGCAGCUUCCUGGAUCACGUGCACACGUGCAGAGAGUGUCACCCCUCCUGCUGGCACUGCAUCGGGCCGUCUGCAGACGACUGCACCGCCUGUCCGGCCCUGUCCAGCCUGCACGGGGGCCGCUGUGUCCCCUCCGCCCCCCAGGGCUUCUUCAUCCAGCACAACGUGUGCCACGCUUGCCACCCGUCUUGCCUGACCUGCUCCGGCCCCUCCCAGGCUGACUGCACCUCCUGCCCCCCGAUAGCCUCCCUGCAGAGCGGCUACUGCAGGACCAGCUGCCUGGAGGGGACGUUCCUCCACGCCGUCUCUGGAGAGUGUCUCGCGUGCAGUCCCGACUGUCAGCGCUGUGCCGCUGACCUCCUGACGGGCGUCGGCAGCGUCUGCCUGUGGUGCCGGGCGGCGAGGUCCUGGUUGCUAGGCGACCACUGCGUCUCCAGCUGCCCCCGGGGCCACUACGGGCGCCACGGGGCCUGCAUCGGAUGCCAUCCGUCAUGUGAGACCUGCAGUGGGUCGGGACCCCUCCUCUGCACCUCCUGCCCCGGCGGCAGCCUCCUGCUGCCCUCGGGUAUCUGCGGCCCCCAAUGUACCCCCGGUUACUAUGACAACGGUCAGGGCAUCUGUCAGGCCUGUGACCUGCAGUGCCUGACGUGCGACCUGCCCGGCGUCUGCACGUCCUGCCGUGACCCGGCCAAGGUGCUUCUGUUCGGAGAGUGCCAGUACGACGGCUGCGCCCAUCAGUACUACCUCAACAGCACGACCCGGGCCUGCAGAGAGUGUGACUGGAGCUGCAACUCGUGUCGCGGCCCCCUGCGGACCGACUGCCUGCAGUGCAUGGAGGGCUACGUGCUGCAGGAGGGUGUCUGCACCCAGAGGUGCUCCUCGGGCUCCUACCAGGACGGAGACGAAUGCCUCGGCUGUGACGAUCACUGUGAGGAGUGUCGGGGUCCAGCUCAGUGCCAGCGGUGCGCCCCCCCCUACGCCGCCCUGCGGGGUCAGUGCGUGUUGGACUGUGGCCUGAACCACUUCCUGGACGAAGCCUCUCACACCUGCACAGCUUGCUCCUCGGACUGCGUGCGCUGCGACGGCGUCGGGCGCUGCGCCGCUUGUCGAGAGAAAACCUUCCUCAUGGAGGGCUACUGCACCCCCGACUGCGGGCGAGGCUUCUACGGCGACCGGAAGACCCGGCGCUGCCAUGUGAACACCCGGGCCCCGGUCCUGCGGGUCAACGGAACCCUGCUGGUCCCCCUUGGGGGUUCGGCCCCGCUGGCCCCCGACCUGCUGCAGGCCGAGGACCCCGACGGGCCCCCCGAGCAGCUCGUCUUCCGGGUGGUCCGGGCCCCCGCCAACGGCCGGCUGGUCCUGUUCGGAGGGGAGGGGGGCGGAGAGGAGGGCCGAGACCUGGCCGGCAACGACACCUUCACCUGGGCGGAGCUGAGAUCCGCCCGGGUCCGGUUCAGACACCAACGAGACGCAGCCAGGUCUGGGGAGUUCUCCCUGCUCGUCUCUGACUCUCAGCUCUUCUCCAAAGCCAAAGCCGUUCCUGUUCAGGCCGUGUCCGUGCAGCCCCCGAGGGUCGCGGUUCUCGCUCCGCUCCUCGUGGACGGCCGCGGCGCCGCGGCGCCCGUCACCAAGUCGGUCCUGCGGGUCGACGACCCCGACAACGCGGCCGACGUCCUGGUCAUGGUCCUCGAGCCGCCCCGGCACGGCCGGCUGACCCGUCUCCACGGCGACCGGGCCCUCAGCCGCUUCAAGCUGGAGGAGCUGACGCGGGAGCAGAUCCGCUACGUCCACGACGGCGCCGAGGACGCCGAGGACGCGGCGGUGCUGCAGGUCAACGACGGCCACAGCUACAGGAACGUCCUGCUCCAAGUCCGCAUCGGACAGAAGGCCCCGCCCUCGCCCGUCACCUGGGUGAAGGAAGGAGGAAUGGUGCGACUGGGCAGAAGAUACCUGAAGGCGGCCCGCAAGGGAGUCAGCAGCGACGGCGUGGUCUACACCAUCGUCGCAGCGGGCGGGAAACCCAAACACGGUGAGGUGGUGCUGGUCCCCAUGCCGGCCGACGGCCCCGCAGACGGGUGGCGCCCCCCGCUGACCGACGACCGUGGCUUCACGGCCACGACCUCCUUCACCCAGCAGGACGUGGACGACGGCGCCGUCUGGUACCGCCACUUUGGGGGCGGCGGCUCCGACGGCGACUCGUUCCGGUUCCAGGUCUCCACAGAGGCUGCUGCGGUCCAGCAGAGCAGCAUCCAGACCUUCACCAUCGGAGUCCUGCCUCAGAUCCCCGGGUUCCCUCAGCUGGCCCCCGACUGCAACCUGCAGGUCACGGCUCUGGAGGACCAGCUGACAGUGAUAACACCUUCAGCUCUGUCCUUCGUCGACUCUGAGACUCCCAGCGAGAAGCUCAUCUACAACAUCACCAAACCGCUACCGCAGGGACAAGGGGCCUUGGAACACGUGGACCGGCCCUACGGCGCCGUGCAGCUCUUCACGCAGGCCGAGGUCAACCAGGGGAAGCUGGUCUACAGGCCGCCGCGGGCCCCCUCCCACCUGCAGGAGCUGUACCAGUACUCCUUCAUCGGCCUGCCGGAGUCGCUGAGCGUCUAUUUCACAGUGUCGGACGGAGAACACACAACCCCCGAGCUGGACUUCUCCAUCCUGCUGCUGUCCAACCACCAGCAGCCGCCGCUCUUCCAGGUCCUGGACCCGCUGCUGGAGGUCGGGCUGGGAGGACAGGCCGCCAUAGGCGGGCAGCAGCUGGCCGUGAGCGACGCCGACACGGCUCCAGACGACCUGGAGUUCGAGCUGGUCGAGGCUCCCGUCCACGGCGAGCUGGUGAAGAGCGACGGCAGCGCACAGCGGCGCCUGGUCAACGGCGACGUCUUCACUUUCAGCGACGUCACCCGCCACGUUCUGCUCUACCGGCACGCCGGCCUCACCGACCAGGAGGACGCCAUCACCUUCUCCGUCAGCGACGGCAUCUCCAUGGCGACCACCACGGUGCAGGUGGCGGUGCUGGGCGCCGGGGGCGACGGGCCCCAGCGGGACUCGGCGGCCACGCUGUCGCUGGAGGUGGCCGAGAAGAGCAGCAGCGUGAUCCGCCGCUCGCACCUGGCCUACACGGACGACACGUCCUCAGACGAGCAGAUCCAGAUCCAGCUGGUGUCGGUGCCGAUGUACGGCCUGCUGACCCGCAGCGAGUCUCAGCAGCAGCACCGGGAGCUGAAGGAGUACUCGUCCUUCAGCAUGCGGGACGUGGACGAGCACCGGAUCAGGUACGUCACCUCGCUGGAGACGGGCAGCCAGCCGGUCACCGACGUCUUCCACUUCGUGGUGUACGACGUCGACAACAAUCGCCUCGACAACCAGAUGUGCAGCAUCAGCAUCACCGCGGCGCCCAGGCCGCCGCCCGCCGUCACCGUCCGCAGCGCCAUCGAGGUCCAGGAGGGGGGCCGCGUGCAGCUGUCCACCAAUCACAUCGCGGUGUCGGACCUGGACACGCCCAGGAAGGAGCUGCUGGUUUGGCUGGUCCGCCCCCCCGAGCACGGCUUCAUCGAGAACACCAACAGAGGCAGCUCGCAGGUCGUCACCCCCGACGUGCCGUUCUCCGUGGACGACCUGGCGUCCGACCGCGUCUUCUACGUCCAGGAGGCUCCGGCCCGACGCGACGUCUUCAGCUUCUACGUCAGCGACGGGCAAAGCCAGACGGAGGCCUUCCACCUCCAGAUCCACAUCCAGCAGAGUGGAGAGGACAGACAGCCCGUGGUGGCGGUCAGCAGCAUCCAUGUGGAGGAAAACUCGGGAGUGGUCAUCACCAACUCGUCCCUCAGCGUCCUGGACCAGGACACGCCGGAGAACGAGAUCCUCUUCACCAUCAUCAGGAAGCCCUCCUACGGAAAACUCCGCAGGCGUCAGUUCUACUCCGAGCCGCUGGAGAAGGGGCGUGUCCUCACGCAGGGCUCCACCUUCACCUACCAGGACGUCGUGGACCAGCUGCUGGUCUACACGCCCGAGACCGUCAGCGGGGGCGCCGACGAGAUGGGCUUCACCCUCACCGACGGCGUGUCCACGCACACGGGCCGCCUGGAGUUCACCAUGGACGUCAGGAGGAGCGAGGGCCCCCGCAUGACCGUCAACAGGGGCCUGCAGCUGGCGGCGGGUUCUUCUGCUAAGAUCACGGAGCAGAACCUGAAGGCGUCGGACUUGGACUCGGACAACCUGAAGCUCCGCUACGUCCUCACCAGAGACCCCCCCUUCGGCCGCCUCCGCCUGGGCCUGGAGAAGGUCACCGUGAAGGGGCCGGUCCAGAGCUUCACCCAGGACCACGUCAACAGAGGUCUGCUGCAGUACGCCCACCACAAAGGGGAGAAGGGAGGCAGCCUGUCCUUCAAGUUCAACCUGGUGGAUCCAGAGGGGAACCAGCUGAUCGACCAGUCCUUCUUCAUCAGCGUGCUCGAGGACCGCCUCCCUCCGUCCGUGGCGGUGAACAAAGGCCUGGUGCUGGACGAGAACUCGGCCAAGAAGCUGACCACGCUGCAGCUGUCUGCCAGCGACCAGGACAGCGAGCCGGGCGAGCUGCUCUACCGCCUCACCAAGCAGCCGGGCCUGGGUCACCUGGAGCACGCCGCCGGCCCAGGCAGCAGAAUCAGCAGCUUCACUCAGGCCGAUCUGGUGUCGCGCAGCAUCCAGUACGUCCACACCAGCGAAGAAGAGAAGCACGCCGACCAGUUCUCCUUCUCGGUGUCGGACGGGACCAACGAGGUGGCCCAGACCUUCUACGUCACCAUCCGACCGGUGGACGACUCCCUGCCUCUGCUCCGGGUCCCUGGAAUGAGGGUCCAGGAAGGAGUGAGGAAGACCAUCACCGAGUUUGAGCUGAAAGCCACCGAUGCAGACACAGAGGCGGAGUCCAUCGUCUUCACCGUGGUGCAGGCUCCACGCCACGGCACCAUCGAGCGCACGGGCAACGGGCAGCACCACCGGCAGACGGGCAGCUUCACCAUGGACGACGUCUACCAGAACCGCAUCAGCUACAACCACGACGGCUCCAACUCGCUGAAGGACCGCUUCACCUUCGGCGUGACCGACGGCACCAACCUGCUCUUCGUGGUGGAGGAGGACGGCAAGGAGAUCGUGACGGCCGCCCCGCAGAAGUUUAAGAUCGAUAUCCUGCCCGUCGACGAUGGCACGCCGCGCAUCGUCACCAACCUGGGGCUGCAGUGGCUGGAGUACAUGGACAACAAGGCCUCCAACCUGAUCACCAGGAAGGAGCUUCUGACCGUGGACCCCGACACCGACGACGGUCAGCUGGUCUACGAGAUCACCGCCGGGCCCGAGCUGGGCUUCCUGGAGAACAAGAUGAGCCCCGGCGACGCCGUCACCUCCUUCACUCAAGCGGAUGUCAACGUGGGUCUGAUCCGCUACGUGCUGCGUCAGGAGGACGAGCGCACCGCCGACCACUUCAAGUUCCUGGUCCGAGACAGCAAGCCCAACGCGGUCCACGACAACGUCUUCCACAUCCAGUGGUCCCUCAUCAGCUUCCAGCACAGCAGCUACAACGUGAGCGAGGAGGCCGGCGUGGUGGAGGUCACGGUGAAGCGGAGCGGGAACCUCAACCAGUACGCCAUCGUGCUCUGCCGCACCGAGCAGGGCGGAGCCACCUCCUCCUCUUCCUCCUCCUCCUCCUCCUCCUCCUCUGGGGCGCGGGCGGGGCAGCAGGACUACGUGGAGUACGCCGGCCAGGUGCAGUUUGACGAGCGCGAGGACACCAAGGUGUGCACGGUGGUCGUCAACGACGACGAGGUGUUCGAGGGCGGCGAGAGCUUCCACGUGGAGCUGAGCAUGCCGGCGUACGCGCUGCUGGGCGCCAGGCGGCGCGCGGCGGUCCACAUCAACGACACGGAGGACGAGCCCACGCUGCAGUUCGAGCGCAAGGCGCUCCACGUCAACGAGAGCGCCGGCUUCCUCCACGCCGCCAUCCAGAGGACCGGCGACCCCUCCAGCACCGUCUCCGCCCUGUGCCACACCGUGUCCCGCUCCGCUCAGGGCAGCAGCCUCCACGCGCUGGAGUCCGGCUCCGACUACAAGAGCCGCGGCGCCUCGGAGGAGAGCCGCGUGGUCCUGGGGCCCGGCGUUACCAUGGCGACCUGCGACGUCAAGCUCAUCGACGACAGCGAGUACGAGCUGUCGGAGGAGUUCGAGCUGGUGCUGUCGGGCGCCUCGGAGAACGCCCGCGUCGGGGGCGGGGCCUCGGCCAAGGUCGUCAUCGACGGGCCCAACGACGCCUCCACCGUCACCCUCGGCAACGCCACCUUCACCUUCAGCGAGGACGCCGGGACCAUAGAAAUCCCGGUGCUGCGUCGGGGCAGCGACCUCUCCUCCCUGACCUCGGUGUGGUGCGCCACCCGACCCUCGGACCCCCCCUCCGCCAGCCCCGGCGUCGACUACAUCCCCAGCUCCAAGAAGGUGGAGUUCAAACCUGGCAGAACCGAGGAGACCUGCAGUCUGACCAUCAUGGACGACGUGCAGAACCCGUCCAUCGAGGGCUCCGAGUCGUUUGUGGUGUUCCUCAGCUCUCCGCAGGGGGCCGUCCUCCAGGAGCCCUACGAGGCCGACGUGGUCAUCUCCGACACCUUCCAGGACAUUCCCAGCAUGCAGUUCGAGAAGAGCGCCUACACCGUGAAGGAGGAGGACGGCGCCCUGCACAUCGCCGUCAUCCGGACCGGCGACCUGUCCCUCAGGUCGUCGGCGCGCUGCUUCACCCGCACCAUGUCGGCCGUGGUGAUGGAGGACUUCGAGGAGCGGAGGAACGCCGACGAGUCGCGCGUCACUUUCCUCAGGGGCGAGAAGGUGAAAAACUGCAGCGUCCGCGUCAACGACGACUCGCUUUUUGAGCCCGAGGAGGAGUUCCAGGUGCAUCUCGGGUCACCGCAGGGCGACCACUGGAGCGGCGCCAUGGUGGGCGCCCGCGACAUCGUCACCGUCACCAUCACCAACGACGAAGAUGCCCCCACCAUAGCCUUUGAGCAGGCGUCCUACCAGGUCAGAGAGCCCCCGGGUCCCGACGGCGUGGAGGUGCUCAGCGUCAAGGUGAUCCGCGGGGGGGAUCUGGACCGGACCUCCAAGAUCCGCUGCAGCACCCGGGACGGAUCGGCCCAGUCCGGAGUCGACUACAACCCCAGGAGCCGAGUGCUCAAGUUCCCUCCUGGCAUGGACCACAUCCUGUUCAAGGUGGAGAUUCUGUCCAACGAGGACAGGGAGUGGCACGAGUCCUUCUCGCUGGUGCUCGGCCCCGAUGACCCCGUGGAGGCGGUGCUCGGGGAGAUCACCGUGGCGACGGUGACCAUCCUGGACCAGGAGGCCUCGGGCAGCCUCAUCCUCCCCGCCACGCCCAUUGUGGUCUCCCUCGCCGACUACGACCACGUCCAGGAGGUGACCAAGGAGGGCAGCAAGAAGGCGCCCUCCCCGGGUUACCCGCUGGUGUGCGUGACCCCGUGUGACCCCCACUACCCCAAGUACUCUGUGAUGAAGGAGCGCUGCGAGGAGGCCGGCAUCAACCAGACCCAGGUCCACUUCUCCUGGGAGGUGGCGGCGCCCACCGACACCAGCGGCGCCCGGUCGCCCUUCGAGACGGUCACGGACACCACGCCGUACACCGGCGUCAACCACAUGGUCCUCGACAGCAUCUACUUCAGCCGCCGCUUCCACGUCCGCUGCGUGGCCCAGGCCAGGGACAAGUCGGGUCACCUCGGCACGCCGCUGAGGAGCAACAUCGCCACCGUGGGCACGGAGGGCGCCAUCUGCCACACGCCCGUUACCACGGGAACCGCCCGGGGCUUCCAGGCGCAGUCCUUCAUCGCCACGCUCAAGUACCUGGACGUCAAGCACAAGGAGCACCCCAACCGCAUCCACAUCUCGGUCCAGAUCCCCCACCAGGACGGCAUGCUCCCGCUGGUGUCCACCAUGCCGCUGCACAACCUGCACUUCCUGCUGUCGGAGUCCAUCUACAGGCAGCAGCACGUGUGCUCCAGCCUGGUGACGCUGGGCGAGCUGCAGGGCGUCUCCGAGUCGGGCUUCCUGGACGACGUGCUGUACGACAGCAUCUCUCUGGGUCCGGGGUACGACCGGCCGCACCAGUUCAACCCCGGCGUCCGGGAGCCCCGCAGCAUCCGGCUCUACAAGCACCUCAACCUCAAGAGCUGCAUCUGGACCUUCGACGCCUACUACGACAUGACGGAGCUCAUCGACGUCUGCGGGGGCUCCGUCACCGCCGAUUUCCAGGUCCGGGACUCGGCCCAGUCCUUCCUGACGGUGCAGGUUCCCCUCUACGUGUCCUACGUCUACGUGACGGCGCCGCGGGGCUGGGCCUCCCUGGAGCACCACACCGGGAUGGAGUUCUCCUUCUUCUACGACACGGUGCUGUGGAGGACGGGUAUCCAGACCGACAGCGUCCUCUCCGCCAGACUGCAGAUCAUCAGGAUCUACAUCCGCGAGGACGGACGGCUGGUCAUCGAGUUCAAAACCCACGCCAAAUUCAGAGGUCAGUUUGUCCCUGAACACCACACGCUGCCGGGACACAAGUCCCACCUGAUGGCCCCCGACCACCUGGGGGGGGUGGAGUUCGACAUCCAGCUGCUGUGGAGCGCUCAGACCUUCGACUCUCCGUACCAGCUGUGGAGAGCCACCAGCUCCUACAGCAGGAAGGACUACUCCGGCGAGUACACGGUCUUCUUGGUGCCCUGCACCGUGCAGCCCACUCAGCCCUGGAUCGACCCCGGGGACAAGCCUCUGUCCUGCACGGCCCACGCCCCGGAGAAGUUCCUGGUGCCGAUCGCCUUCCAGCAGACCAACCGGCCCGUCCCGGUGGUCUACUCCCUCAACACGGAGUUCCAGCUGUGCAACAACGAGAAGGUGUUCACCAUGGACCCCGCCGCCGCCGACGUCUCCAUGGCCGAGAUGGACUACAAGGGGGCGUUCUCCAUGGGCCAGACGCUGUACGGCCGCGUGCUGUGGAGCCCCGAGCAGAACCUGAACGCCGCCUACAAGCUGCAGCUGGAGAAGGUGUACCUGUGCACCGGCCGGGACGGACACGUCCCCUUCUUCGACCCCACGGGGACGCUGUACAACGAGGGGCCGCAGUACGGCUGCAUCCAGCCCAACAAGCACCUCAAGCACCGCUUCCUGCUGCUGGAUCGCAAACAGCCGGACGUUUGUGACAACUUCUUCCACGACGUUCCCUUCGAGGCGCACUUUGCCUCCGACGUCCCGGAGCUGCAGCCCGUGGCGGCCAUGCCGGGCGUUGACGGCUUCACCAUGAAGGUCGACGCCCUCUACAAGGUGGAGGCGGGGCACCAGUGGUACCUGCAGGUGAUCUACGUCAUCAGCCCGGAGUCCCGCUCCAGCCCCAGGAUCCAGCGCUCGGUGACCCACCUCCUGCCCCCCCCCGCGCCCCCCGGGCCCGCCCGCCGGCCCCGCCGCGACCUGGUGGACCGCGGCGGGCGGCUGACGCUGGACGAGUCGCUGAUCUACGACAACGAGGGCGACCAGGUGAAGAACGGCACCAACAUGAAGUCUCUGCGCCUGGAGGCCGGCGCCUCCGGCUCCUUCAACGCCCACGUGGGCGGCUCGGUGGGGGGGGGCGUGGCCGCCCUGGCCCUGCUGGCGCUGGCGCUGCUGGCCGCCGGCCUCCUGCUGCGGCGCUGCCGCCGGCGCUCGGCCCGGGAGAAGAAGAAGGAGAAGGCGUGCGAGGAGUACCCGCUCAACACCAAGGUGGAGGUGUGCCUGGACAAGAGCGUGGAGAAGAACUUCAGCAGCAAACACUGCACGGUGAGGAACGUCAACGUCCUCAACCGCCACCACCAGGCCAAGGUCAAGCAGGUCAACCUGGAGGUCAAGCUGCACAACAACCUGCACGACGGCACGGAGGUGUGAGGCGGCCUGGAAACGAAAGGAGAGGUUUUUUAUAAAGGAACUUUGUACUAAAGGAACCAGGUGUUUUGUUUGUGUAUUUUUAUACCACUUUGAAAAAAGGGAAGAGUUGUUUUGUUGUUUUGGGGCCACCUCAGGAAUCGUCACCUCGCUCCACCCGACCUCUCGCUCCUCCUCCUCGUGGCGUCCACCGGUCGCUCAGGCUCUGCUGGGACAGGAAGGACAGAGGGACAGAAGGCUCCUUUCCCUGCUGCUCGUCGUCACCACUGUGGAGCUCCACAAGUCACUCAAUCUAUAAAUGACCUAAAUUAAGUGCAAUUAAGCCCCCCCCCCCCCUCAUGGCCCACAUUAAAUGACCAUUUCUAGCCUUACUCAGAGACCCGAGCUGCCGAUGUUGAAGUGCCCUGCAGUGUUUCUACUCAUCAACAGAUCAUCCAAAGGUUGUUGUUGUUGUUUUUCGUGAGCUUGCGAUAGAUCGGAUAACAAAGGGUAUCGAACCCCCGUCCAUGUGACUGGAUGCUUUGGCCUUACUACUGACCCAGUGACCAUAAUCACUUUGUAACAUGUUUUAUAAUAAUGUGUGUGUCGACCUGCCUUCGUUUCCCCCAGAGACACAGAACCCCCCCUCAAUCUGUCUCUCAUGUUUGUAUUGUUAUAUUAUUACCCUCUUGUGUACUACUGAUGUACUUCUGUACUACUGAUGUACUUCUGUACUACUGAUGUACUUGUGUACUACUGUACUGUCAAACAAGAAAAACAUCUAAAGCUCGUUUGUCUCACGUGAGACGUCUUUGUCACGUGUCCCUCUGACUCCGCCCCCUGUCCUCAGUGUGCCUAUCAGAACAACGUGUGGACAGGAACUAUUAUGGGGGGGUAACGGUAUAUUUUUUGAUGCUAUCAUUGUGUGGGAAAUAACUCCGAUGCUAUCAACAUGAUGCCUGUAUUUCGUGCCUUUUUUUAGGAAUAAAAAAUAUUGUUAUAAAAACCCU